ACUCUAGUCGCUCGCCUCAAACCAACUCUCUCUACUGUAUCGAUGAAGUUGUUUCAAAGAUGGCGGAUUUCCUGCCGUCCCGGUCCGUUUUAUCUGUAUGUUUUCCAAACUGUCUCCUCACGAGUAACGAGGCAGAACAAUUAAGGAAAUCUAAAGAAAUAGACAAAAGUAUUUCACGGGAUAAGACGUAUGUGAAGCGGCUGGUGAAGAUUCUGCUACUCGGAGCGGGAGAAAGCGGCAAGUCCACUUUCCUGAAGCAGAUGCGCAUCAUCCAUGGUCAGGACUUCGAUCAAAGGGCCAAAGAAGAGUUCAAGGCCACGAUUUUUAGUAAUGUAAUUAAAGGGGUGCGUGUGUUGGUGGAUGCCAGAGAAAAGCUCCACAUCCCGUGGGGAGAGGCGUCCAACCAGAGGCACGGAGAGACCAUGAUGGGGUUUGACACGAGGUCGGCCAGGAUGGCCCACGGCAUGGUGGAGACCAGGGUCUUCCUGCAGUACCUGCCCUCCAUCCGGGCCCUGUGGGCCGACACGGGCAUCCAGGACGCCUACGACAGACGCAGGGAGUUCCAACUGGGGGAGUCUGUGAAGUAUUUCCUGGAUCAUUUGGAAAAGCUGGGACAGCCGGACUACCUACCAACUCAGCAGGAUAUUCUCCUGGCCCGUAAGCCCACUAAAGGUAUCCAUGAGUACGACUUUGAGAUCAAGAACGUUCCGUUUAAGAUGGUGGACGUUGGGGGUCAAAGGUCGGAGAGACGGAGAUGGUUUGAGUGUUUUGACUCUGUCACCUCCAUCCUGUUCCUUGUCUCCUCUUCAGAGUAUGACCAGGUCUUGAUGGAGGACCGUCAGACCAACCGUCUCAGCGAAUCCCUCAACAUCUUCGAGACCAUCGUCAACAAUCGGGUUUUCUCCAACGUCUCCAUCAUCCUGUUCCUCAACAAGACAGACCUUCUGGAGGACAAGGUGCGCUCCGUCAGCAUCAAGGACUAUUUCCCAGAGUACCCCGGGGAGCCACACAGCCUUGUCGACGUACAGAGGUUCCUAGUGGACUGUUUCCGGGGGAAGAGGAGGGACGUGACACAGAAGCCCCUGUACCACCACUUCACCACAGCCAUCAACACGGAGAACAUUCGCCUGGUGUUCCGAGACGUCAAGGACACCAUCCUCCACGACAACCUGAAGCAGCUGAUGCUGCAGUGAUCGCAGGGGGGUUAUGACCUUUUGAAGUCACCUUUUGGCCUUUAACCCCCCCGUGACCCCUCCCCGUGACCCCUCGCCGUGACCCACUGACUUGCUGUGAUUGCAGGGUGCUGAACAGAGAGCAAAAUAGUUGUAUUGUGCUACACUGUGUCACUGCCUCUUAAGUCACCUUUUGGCCCUUGACCUUUAACCCCUGUGAUCCCUCACCUUGACCCCUGAUCUCCAGUCACCUCUGGUGCAGGCUGUCACCUAUGACCCUUGACCACUGAACCCUGAUACCACUUCUAAUGGCCUUGUCCCCGGCAGUUCUACCCCCCUAAACCACUGUAAAUGAGCUCUCCCAAUCCCUCCCCUCACACGCCCCUCUCCUCUCUGUAAUGGACUAUUCCAGAGUCUGUAGAUAUGUUGAUGUGUUCUGUAUGAUGAAGUUGCCCUCAGAGACGCUGAUCCUGAGUCCGUUUUUCAUUUUCCCCACUAAUGGUUAAUGACAGGAUAUGGGGAGGGGAAGCUGGUCCUAAAUCUGUGUUCUAUAUUACUAUAUUCACUCUGUUGGUUCACUCUUAACUCUCCUGUCUCACUCUGUCACAUUGUAACCUGUCUGAGAAGCUCAGACCACCGCUGGAGGUUAGCAGUCAAGGGUGGGGGGGGUCAAAGGUCGUCACCCACGGCAACCAGGGGAGAGGGGGUGUUAACGCUGUAGAACAAAAUGAUGAUAACUGUGUUUUACUGGCCUCAGCCUGUCGCUAUGCACCUCCACUCCCACCUGCCCUGAACUGGCUUGAUUCUACACUUCCUUUUCCCUCAGAGCCUGACUAUGACAUCACUGUGGCCCCCCACCAUUCUGACAGCAAAUCAGUGUCGCUAUCUGGAUGUGGAACUGAAAAACCAACUGCAGCGGAGAGCUUGUUGUUGCUGGGGGGAAGUUAAAGAGUGGGGGACUUCACAGCACUGUACUAAAACUAAUCCUUAAUGAUUCCACAAAUAAGGCUUUUACCACUGUCUGAUGAUUACCUAUCAAACAGAGCUAUUCACACACACACACACACACACACACACAACCUGCCCAUAGAGACUCUUCUGACCUGAUCCCUGUCUUAGUCCUGGCCUUACUGUUUGGAACUUUAGUUUUUAGUCAGUUAAAUUUGU